AUGGGGCUGUCAGUCCCAAUACUUGGAUGCAGGCAAACACUCCCCAAAAGGGCUCUGUUCCCAAGACCGAAGUUCCCUGUAUGUUUUCUGACAUGCCACCGAGUCUGUUCAGAUGUAGGGGGAAAGGAAGAAGAUCCAUUGCAGAUGGUUUCUAGGAACUGCCCCACAGAGCUUUACAAAAAGGCUCUUAAUGUUAUAAAGCUGAAAGCAUCUCCCAAAGUCACUGGCUGUUUCACCGAAGCACUGAAGAGACAGCUGUCAGAACCUAGACGUGAAGAAAGGAGCUGUUUGCAAGGCCUAAAGCAAGCAUGUUGCCACUACCCGGCCUUCACAUGUCAGCUGGCAUCGCCAUCUCCUCCAGCCAUAGCCUGUCUAAAUAGAUAUCCUUUGCCUGAAAGUCCUGUCUCUUUGGAAUACAAACACUGA